AUGUCGGAGCCAGGAGGCAAACCUACGACUACCGAGUCGCAACGAAAUCCUUAUGCGUCGGCCAGCCGCUGGCGACACCAGGAAUCAUCUGCUUAUGCUGCACAUGCUUCACAGCUCACUGGCGAUGGCGCACCACGAGACCCUCACCAAACGACCGGUAACGUGGGCGAGCUUGCAGACUUCCUAAACCAGUCCCGCAUGGAGCCAGAAGGCGACAAUCGUGAUACGGAAAAGUACAGACCCAUUACCGCCGCCGCUAGUGAUAUCAAUGGAAGCAUUGCAGGUGACAAUGUAGGGCAGAGCCAUGCUGGUCAAGGCGCCCGUGGAGAAAACGCCCCUGAUGGGAAGACGAUCGUCUGUGGUCCUCUUCUGAACUAUCGUCGUAUGAACGAGGGACGAUGCCAUGAAGAUGGCUCCAUCAGGAACGACAAUGGGGUUCAAGAGGAGAUACGUGUUGACGAAAUGUCUUUACAGCGCAAACCUUCUGGAGCUUUCGAUCGCACUCGCCAUCAAAUCAAUUAUCCCGAGACAUACAAAAAGGUCUUCCAAAGGCUUCGUUCGGAGCUUGAAGCAGCAUCAGCGGCAGGAGAGUCAAUUAAACACUUGAUUCUCCUCCUCGGAAUUCCGAUCGCCUAUCCCCGCUUGACUUGGCUUGAAAACAUCUUCCGCAGUCCUGUUAUGGGUCCUAUCAAGAUCCUCAACAAACGGUUCGGACUCGGUGGAAGUCUGUUCAACCAGUUCGACGGUAGCAUCGAUCUUCUGGAUGAUCUGGAUGACCACUACACUGCCAGGACACACAAGAAGGAAAGACGAGAACUGAUGCCGGAACUUUGCAAACCAUACCGAAAACUCGCCAACAAUCCUGAGGCCCCAAUGGCAGCAUUGACGAGAACGGACGAGCACAGAGAGAACUUCAUGGUCGAUGGCCAGGUACUUCACGAGGGAGAGGUUUGGCUGGAACAAACAUACAACGGCAGCAUCGACCCCAUGGCGGUCAACGACGGACAACUUACCUCGCUCUUCGCUGGAGAUCAACCAGCUGACAACGGAGAGACGAAGGAGAGUACGGCUUGA